ACAAAAUCUUAGGUGUGUGUAACUUAGGAGGAACUUACUAAACAGAACUGGCUAAACAUUCCUAUAUUCUAGGAUCACUUGUGUGUUUAAUUGGCGAGCGCACAGACGCGGAUGUCACAUUGGAAAGGUGAAAGAAAAACUCGACCUGAUUCCAAUGUUUCAGAUUCUCCUGGUUCCAGGUCUAUGGAAAUGCAGGAUCUAGCAAGUCCACACGGUCGCAUGAGUGGAAAUAGUGAAUCUCCCAAUGGUCCCAAACUUGACAAUUCCUGCAUCAAUAAUAAUUCCGUGCCACCAAAUGGUACUGAGGCAAUCGGUAGCGGCUUUAGCCCAAGACAAACUCAUCACUUUUCUCCUCAGAUUUAUCCUUCCAACAGGUCAUACCCACAUAUUCUUCCUACACCUUCAUCACAAACCAUGGCAUCAUAUGGACACUCACCAUACGCUACAGGAAUGCAGCAAGCAUCAAUUUAUGCAACAUAUCCACAAUCAGGACAACAUUAUGGAAUCCCAUCCUAUGGCAUCAAGACUGAAGGUGGAUUGACACAAUCACAGUCUCCUGGCCAAACAGGAUUUCUGAGUUAUGGUUCAAGUUUAAGUGCACCUCAACCAGGCCAAGCCCCUUACAGUUACCAAAUGCAAGGGGGAUGCUUCACAUCAGCAUCAGGAAUUUACACAGGAAGCAACUCGCUGACAAACUCCACAGGCUUCAAUAAUUCACAUCAGGACUAUUCUUAUGCAGGCUUUGGCCAGGGACAAUAUGCACAUUAUUAUAACAAUUCUGGAUACCCUUCUCCUUAUAUGACAAGCAACAAUAGCAGUCCAACAACUCCUUCGACCACCACAACAUACCAGCUCCAAGAUUUACCAACUGUCACAAGCCAAGCUGUUACAGAUUCUGCUACAGGAGAGUUUGGUACAAUCCACAGUUCUUCAACAUCCAUUAAAGAUUCAGAAUUGGAUCGAUUGCGUCGAGCUUCAGAUGGAAAGUCACGUGGCAGAGGCAGAAGAAAUAAUAACCCUUCACCUCCCCCAGACACUGACCUUGAGCGAGUGUUCAUAUGGGACUUGGAUGAAACAAUCAUUGUUUUUCACUCCUUGCUCACAGGGUCCUAUGCGAAUAGAUAUGGAAGGGAUCCACCUACAUCAGUGUCACUUGGGCUGCGAAUGGAAGAGAUGAUCUUCAACCUGGCAGAUACACAUCUGUUUUUUAAUGAUUUAGAAGAAUGUGAUCAAGUUCAUAUCGACGAUGUAUCAUCAGAUGAUAAUGGGCAGGAUUUGAGCACUUAUAACUUUGCUACAGAUGGCUUUCAUGCUGCAGCAACUAGUGCAAAUCUUUGCCUAGCAACUGGUGUGCGUGGCGGAGUUGAUUGGAUGCGGAAGUUAGCUUUCCGCUAUCGACGAGUAAAAGAAAUAUAUAACACCUACAAAAAUAAUGUUGGAGGUCUCCUUGGUCCAAAUAAAAGGGAAUCAUGGUUGCAGUUGCGAGCAGAAAUUGAAGCUCUAACAGAUUCAUGGCUAACACUUGCACUGAAAGUCCUCACACUCAUUCAUUCAAGGUCAAACUGUAUAAAUAUUUUAGUAACCACAACACAAUUGAUACCUGCUCUUGCCAAAGUCUUGCUGUAUGGAUUAGGAAUUGUUUUUCCAAUUGAAAACAUAUAUAGUGCAACCAAAAUAGGGAAAGAAAGCUGCUUUGAACGUAUAAUUCAAAGGUUUGGCAGAAAAGUAGUGUAUGUUGUUGUGGGAGACGGUGUGGAAGAAGAACAAGCAUCUAAAAAGCACACCAUGCCCUUCUGGAGGAUCUCAAGCCACUCUGACCUUAUGGCCUUACAUCAUGCCCUGGAAUUGGAGUACUUGUAGCAGUACUUUGAAAUGUAGCUCUCCACCCUCACUAUUUGUAGGCUACAAUAUCUCUGUGUCUUCUGGCAGCUUCUGACUCCAAACUGUGUGAUGUGUCCCAAGUGUUGACAUACAGCUGCAAUUUGUCUUAACCCUUGACCAAUCUUUAAAUGGAGGCAAAUUAAUCCAUGGCAAAGCUGCUGAUGGCUCGUAAGACUGUGGAGGUUAUACAAUGAAAAGCCAUUACAAUGUUCAACAGCCCUGUUGCUACUGCAGUGCUGCAAGAAAAUGGAUCUGAAAAUCUGAAGAAAAUGGAUCUGAAAAGAUGCUUAGCUCUCACCGAUUAUAUGGUCCUCAGAACAAAUGGUAUGGAUAAUGCUUUAAGCAUUGACAGUCAUCACUCUAAGGCCUCUUUAAAGAAAAAUACAUUUUUACCUUAAGGAAUUUAAAACUUACACUGAAAACUGAGUUGGACAAAUGCUGGCAGCAUCUUUUACUUGUGGACAUGUUUUGUUUCUUUACUGAUAUCCAGGGUUCUCUGUUAUAAUUUAUGAACUGUUGUAUGUUAACAUCAUUUAUGAAGGUACUUAAAUUAGAAUUUUUGCCAUUUGACACAAAGAGCACAUUUGAUUCUGUCAAGUCACGAAGUAGUUUACAGAAAAUUUGUUCUCUUAUAAUUUAAGAUAACUUCAGUUUGCUAAGACAAUCAUGUACAGAAAAUGUCAUUUUGUGUAAAUUUGUAUUCAGGCAAUUCUUUUACAUAUUGUUAAGGCAAAUGCAAUUGAAAGGUAACAAUGCCUUGUUUGUGAAGUGUCAGUGUGGAGGGGUAUUGUGCGCACAUAAAACAGUGCUGUGCCUUAUCAAAAUGUUGGUGUGUUAAAGUGCAACUUUUUGUUGGGUAAAUAUGUAGAUAAUGGAAUUUUUGUGAUUAUUUUGUAAAGACCAAAAGCUUGAAUGUCAAGUGUCAAGAUUUACUCCUUUUUCUGUAGCUUUCUCAUUUCCCCAAAUUACUUGUAUCCAUCUUUCUGCAAACAAAUAAAUGAAAUACUCCAGUUGAAUAAAGUCAAAAAUAAUUCCUUGCUCUCUUCACACGCAAAUAAUGUAGAUGAUACAGUAUAUAUUUUUAUUAUAAAAGUUGUUUUCAUUUAUUAACAAUGGGAAUGAAAAUUACUAUAAACUUACGGCCUUGUAGUGUCUACAUUCUUUUGUAUGAAAAUACAUUAGCAGAGGAACAUUUAGAUUUUUUGGAACAAAAGCUGUUAGAACAUUAUAGAAUUUUGCUUGUACAAUUAGACCUGAUCCAUUUUGGUAUUGUCCAUUUUUCACCUGAAAUAUUAACAUACUUGGCUGUCAACUGAGAUUUUUCUUCGGGCUACUUACAGUAGAUGCAACUUUUAUUGUAAUCCCUGAAAUUUACACUUUCUCCCUCUCUGUGAUCACUGCAAAAGGAACUUUGGUUCUGAUGUUUUAUACCUCAGGUACUUAAUAGUCUUAUUUCUUCAUAAAGUUCCACACAGAUAUCCAUUACAGCAACUGCAAGAAAUUGUUUGUAAGUACGAAAAAAAUUCUACCUCUUCAGGAGGGGAUUUCUUAGAUGGAUACAGCUGCUGGAAAGAUUAUGGUGAACUGUUUUAACUACUCGGGAAUUAAACAUUUGCAGAAAAAUAUCAAGAAUAAAAAAAAACUGUGGACUAUGAUUUUGUUUUUUCAAUCAGAAUGACUGGAAACCAACAGAUCACCUGCGCCUCACUACAAGAAAAAAGUGUGUUGUAUCUGCAAAAUAUCUGUACAGACCUUUCUCAUGAAUUGUGUGUUUAAAUUAAUAAAAAUCAAUUUGUGAAAUGAUGGUGUAUGCACUUUUGAA